AUGCUCAUCGCCGGCACUCUGCUGCGUUAUCUCGUGAAUCUGCUGUUCACCGCUCUGUCAAAGUUGGACACUUUUGCUGAGCCGGUGCGCAUCCAUAGGACGAAUCCACCCGCAGAGCAGCACGAGCGCGAGCUGGACUGGGAUGGACCGGUCAUUCUUUCCCCGACUGCCUUUGUCUUGGUCGAUGCUGUGACGCCAUGGCUGAGGACAACGGUGCCGCUGAGCUGGUCAAACAUCGCAGUGUGCUUCCUUGCGCACUACCUCGUGGUCGAGCCGCUCUAUUACCUUUUUCACCGAUGGCUCCACACCCCUGCGGUGUACAAGGCCUCGCACGUGCAUCACCACAGCUCAGUGGUCACGGAGGCUAUCUCGGGCACCUCGCAUCCCAUGCUGGAGACCCUAGGCUACCUGGCAAACUUUUCCUUCCCGUUUCUGGUGCCCGGCUGGUUUGGCUGCUUCUCACCCGCUUUGAUUCCGAUUUACUUUGUGUUCUUCGACAUCAUGAACUGCAUUGGCCACUGCAACUUUGAGUGCAUGCCAACUUGGGCACAGACCGGGCCGCUGAAAUAUUUUGUCUACACGUCCUCGUACCACUCCCUGCAUCACAGCAAGUACAAGUACAACUACUGCCUCUUCUGUCCGAUUUGGGAUUACCUCGGUGGCACCGUUCAUUCGACGACCGAGUCCCUGCACCAGGAGGUCUUGCACCAAAAGAGCCGACAGCUCGACGUUGUGUUCCUGGCGCAUGGACAUGGCCUUCACUCCAUGUUGCAUCUGCCAUGGCUGUCUCCCUUCUUGGCUUCCCAUCAGCACGAGCAGCGAUGGUGGAUGCUUCCCCUGCAGCCACUGACCUUCCUCUGGGUGCUUUUCUGCCGGCACUGCCUGUCAACCGCCUGUGUACAGCGCUAUCACUACCGUAGCACUCAGUGUGCUACCUGGUGCCUGCCUGUGACGGGCCACUUCUACUUCAUGAAGUCGCACAGGAAGCCGAUCUUUGACAUGCUGGUGCAGGCCGUCAAGGACGCAGAUGAUGCCGGCGUGAAGUACCUGGGGUUGGCACACCUGAACAAGGCCGAGUUUCUGAAUGCGGGAGGCAAAGACCUUUUGCCACUCCUGGGCGACCGGAAGAUUCGCAUUGUGCAUGGGAACACGCUCACGGCCGCCGCAGUUUGGCAGGCACUCCAGGAGCACACGCAGCCCAAGGAUGAGAUCGUCUUUGCGGGCUCCACCUCGAAGAUUGGAAGAGCCUUGUGCAUACUCCUGGCACGACGUGGCCACACCGUCAGGAUGAUCACCGGCUGUGAGGAGCGCUUCCAGAAGAUCAAGGGAGAGGCAGGGGAGUUCGGAAAGAACCUUGUACGGGUCCAGACGUACGAAGAAGGCGUGGGCUGCGGCGUGUGGAUCUUGGGCAAAUGGAUGGAGCCAAAGCGGAUCCAGGCAUUGAUUCCUCCCUCUUCACUGAUCAUCGACUUCGCUGUUCCACACGUCAGCGAGGAGGUGGCAAAGGACUACAGGUACGUCAAUGGUGCAGCGUUGAGCUACAGUUUGAAAGAGACGGACCUGACCUUUUGUCACGACGUGCCGAACACGGUUCCGGCAUGCAUGGCGGCGGCCGUCAUCCAUGCCCGGGAGGACACCCAGAGACAUGAACUCGGCGAGGUGGAGGUAGAGGAGGUCGAAGGAUGGUGGGACAAGGCUUCCCGCCAUGGCUUUCGCCUGGCCUACCGGGAGCCGAAGGGAAAGCGGGCGCUGGGCGAGCACGUAGCAGGAGUCGAUGCGAAGAAUGCGGCCUUGCAUGACGAGGAGCGGCUUUUGCACACACUCUCCUUCGAGGAGGCUUUCGUCUCCGUGGCGGCGCGUGCUCGCGCAGUGAGGCCCAGAAACCCGGACGAGAUGCGAAGACUCCAGGCGUCGUGCAAGGAGAACGUUGCGCGCGUGGAUUUGGAUCACGAUGAGAGGCUGUCGCUGGAAGAGUUCCAACAGCUACUCAUGAUAAUCCUCGCCCGUCGUUGCCGACUGCGAUUCGGACACAUCUCACAGCUGAAAGUUCCAUCACCGCAGUUGGCCCCAACACGGGCGCCCACCAUGAAUGGCACGAAUUCGCCUCGGGGAAAUUCCAAAGAGGCAUCCUUCGUGCCCGACACCCCGUCACCUGUGAUGCGACCAGCUCCCAUGGAAGGAGCUGAAGUCCCUCCGCUCAAUGAGGGAUAUGGGAUGAAUGCAGAGGAGGAAAUGUGCCUCCCACCUGCAUACAUGGGCGAUGAAGCCAUGAUGAUGGCAGGCAUGGGCUACGACGGCCAGGAUAUGGCGUACUAUGGUGUCCCGACCAUCAUGUACGACCCAAUCUCUGGUUGCGGUUGGCCUAUGUGCAUGCCUAUGGACAUGUCACAGGGCCACAUGGGCGAAGACAUGGGGUGUGAGAUGGUCACAAUGGACGGACAGGUCCUCAUGGAUGCUGGUGAUGGAACGGCGCCCGGAGAAGUAGACGCUAUGUGGGUGCAGGACCCUAGUGCCAUGGAGACCAUGUGCUGCAGCAUGGAGGGCGAUGGCACGAUGAUGCCGGAGGAGGCCAUGAAUUGGGCCAUGCCUGAGACACAGGAAGACGGACAGCAAGACUGGGCCACGGAGGCCAUGACUGCUGAGCCGAAGGAGAGCACAGAGAGCAAGGAAUGGGCGGACAAGGCAGCAGAGGGCGCUUCGUCCUGGGAGGAGAGUCGAAACUCUAGGUACAGCCGCAAGAGCUGGCGAGACUCAGAUGGCUGGGAGGACCAUCGUCAUAAGGACGAUAGUGCCAGCUCCUGGGACAACUGGGACUAUGGCUGGAGGAAAGGAGCACGUGGCUCCCGACGUUCGCAGCGACAGGCAGACUCCUGGAACGACGAUUGGUCGCGCUGGCAUCGUGAGGAGCGCUCAGAGCCUGCGCCCGCUCUGCAGGAGACGCCUCCAGCUGCCACUCCAGAGGAGCCGCAAGCAGAAGGUAGCACCACUGCUAGCAGCAGUUCCGAGAGCCCAGGCGCGCAAGCCGUUCCGGGCGACUCAGGCUACACGACCGUGAUGCUGCGGAACAUCCCCAACAAGUACACAAGGGAGAUGCUCGUGAAGCAACUCAACCAGGAUUUCAAAUCCCGAUUUGACUUCGUUUACUUGCCCAUUGAUUUUAAGAACAAGUGCAACGUGGGCUAUGGAUUCAUCAAUUUCCGUACAUCCGCAGCCUGCGACGAAUUCAUCGCGAAGUACGAUGGUGUCGAUGUUCGCAAGUGCCUCCCUGGGCUGAACUCCAAAAAGGUCGCUGGCGUGACGCCUGCUCGCGUUCAGGGCCUCGAGGAGAAUGUCCGGCGCCUGCGAACAGGACCCGUCAUGAAUGAGCUCGUCAACCAUCCAGAAUGGAUGCCCCUGCUGUUGGAUGAGAACGGAGGGGCGACCUUUGGUUUGCAUGCAUUGCAGACAGCUGCGGCUGGCAAAACUCCCUUGCAGGGCAUCGUAGCAGACAUGGUUCAUAAGCUUCCGAAGGGAUGA